AUGUAUCAUGGCAAAGGACCCCCGAGGCGACAAACAGGCCGACGAAACCAGUACGCUUAUGACAAUCCCGCAUUAUCUGAAACGGCUUCUACCCCUAGUAUCUUCACAGUGGAGAGCUCAAGCUCACUUAUACACAAGGACGGCGUCUCACUCGACUUGUACCCGGCGCUCCGGAGAAACUCAUUCGAAUCCGCUUUGGAGACAGGAAGUAGAAAAAGUUGGCGAGAAUCAACGGAAAGAAUGUCGGAGGAUCCUGCCAAAACGGCUGGUACGUCAACAGACGCCCUCAUAGCAACAGAAAAUGGAGAAGGUUCGAAAGAAUCUAAAGAAGAGAGGGAAACUUGGGACAACAAAGCUCAGUAUAUCUUAGCAGUCGUUGGAUACGCUGUAGGAUUGGGAAAUGUUUGGCGUUUUCCAUAUUUAGCACAGAAAAAUGGAGGCGGUGCUUUUCUCAUACCGUACACAAUCAUGUUGGCGAUUGAAGGCGUUCCCAUCUUUUACUUGGAGCUUGCAGUGGGUCAGCGCUUGCGUAAAGGUGCCAUUGGCGCCUGGAACCAAAUAUCGCCGUAUCUUGCUGGUAUCGGAAUAGCUAGUGCUAUGGUUUCCUUCUGGGUCUCGUUGUAUUAUAAUACUAUAAUAGCCUGGUGUCUGUAUUAUCUAGUCAACAGUUUCCAGUCUCCCCUGCCGUGGGCUGAAUGUCCUGGAAAUGUCACGAGUAUGAGUGGCUCAACCACAUAUUUCUGGUACAGGGAAACUCUCAACAUCUCACCUUCCGUUGAUGAACGCGGGACCUUGAACUGGUGGAUUGUGGUCAGUCUAUUAGCAGCCUGGCUAAUUGUUUUCCUGUGCAUGGCAAAAGGAAUAGCAUCUUCGGGCAAGGUUGUGUAUGUCACGGCAACGUUUCCAUAUCUGGUGCUCCUUAUUUUUUUCUUCCGUGGUGUGACGCUUGAGGGGUUUGAAGAAGGAGUGAAACAUUUUUUCGUCCCGGAUUUUUCACGUCUUGGAGAUCCGCAGGUGUGGUUAGAGGCCGCGACACAAAUUUUCUUUUCUCUUGGAGUGGCUUUUGGGGGCUUGAUCGCCUUUUCUUCCUACAUGCCCGUUCGAAACAAUUGCUACAGAGACGCCAUCUUGGUUUCUGUCGUAAACUGUGGCACUUCCGUCUUUGCAGGAGUCGUAAUUUUCUCAAUUCUAGGAUUCAAGGCAACACAGAGUUUUAAGGCCUGUAAUGCCCAGAACGAUUUGUUAUUGAGCCAGAAUAUGACAACAGGGUUCCUGACAUGUGACAUCAAAACAGAGAUACAGAAGAGCGGAUCAGGAACAGGACUGGCGUUCAUUGCCUUCACAGAAGCCAUUAACCAGUUACCCGCCGCCCCCGUAUGGUCAGUGUUGUUCUUUCUGAUGUUGCUGACCCUCGGGCUGGACAGUAUGUUCGGAAUGUUAGAGGGGGUCGUCACCUCCAUCAUCGACAUGAACCUCGUCAAAAACCUCCGUAAAGAAGUGUGUGCAGCUGUCCUUUGUUUGGUUUCCUUACUGAUCUCCUUCUGCUUUGCGGAUUCAGCGGGCCCUUACAUUUUUGUUCUGUUUGAUGAAUACAGUGGAAAUAUCCCUCUCCUUAUCAUCGCUCUUGGCGAACUCCUCGGACUAACGUAUGCGUACGGACUAAAAAGGUUUGGUGACGACAUUGAACUAAUGACAGGACAAAGACCUAAUUAUUAUUGGUUGAUUAUGUGGAAGUACGUAUCUCCGCUAGUUAUCAUCGUCAUUUUCCUCGCAAGUUUCAUCAAAUCAAUGAUCAGCAGCGCGACGUACGAGGCAUGGAUUCCCUCCAUAGCGGAUAAUAUAACAACAGAGUGGCCAGCAUGGUGUAAGUUUAUAGCAGCAAUGUUAAUUAUCAGCGCCAUGGGGUGGAUCCCCCUAGUAGCAAUUGUGAAAAAAUUCAAUCUUGUAAAAUGGGAACCGGAAACGCCAGCGGAGUUUCCGGAAGAAGAACUUGUUGCCGAGAGGGGAAUAAAACCUCAUAUACCAUCUGACAGAGAAAGGAAAUGGCUUUACUGGUUAGAGAAGUUGUAAGAAACGGGAUUGGUGCAAUAUAAACUGUCUCUGUGUCCACUUUUAGAUAAUAUUCAAUGUAAAAUAUUUUAGCAAGUUAAUUUAACAAAGUUGCAUAGAUUAUGAUUUUAUACUUUUAUAUGCAGAAGACCUU